AUGACGGGAACUACGAUUAGUUCUUCCAAUCCGGUUGCAGUCUUUGCAGGAAAUAGGUGUAAUACUGUUGGGUAUCGUGGAUACUGCAGUAUGCUUAUGGAGAUGGUUCCACCAACAGAACAAUUAGACAAUGUAUUCAUCGUACCCCCAAAUAUUCACAGAUUCCAAUCGCAUAUACGCAUUGCGUCGACAUUGAAAACUAAUAUUAAUUUUACCACCAAAGAAACCACGACGAGGACACUUCUUUUGAAAAAUCGGUUUGCGGAAUUCCUUGUUCGUGAACAUGAAAUAGGUGUUAUAUUUUCUACCAAACCUGUGUCAGUAAACAGUAUUGCAGUGUCUUCAACCGAGGCUAAAAUAUAUGGCGAUUCAUACAUGGUUACAAUUCCUGGAAUUAAUCAGUAUCUCAGCACAUACACCAAUUUCGUGCCUGGUGGAUUUAAUUUUAGUUUCGCUACUUUUAUGAUAAAAAACGAUUCUCUUAGAAAUCUUCAAAUCAAUAGAACAAAUAUCAACGUAGAUAGGUGUCUUUUUAACUCCUCUGUUUCAGUUGGAAUGGAUCUUUACAGCGUAUGUACCAUAAGUGUUCCAAGUGGAGUUAUUAAUGCACAGACCUCUGAUGGGUCUCGGUUUGGUUUAAUUGUUACUGGACAACGCAAACACGAUGGUCAUGGCUACACUGGAAACGCACUUUCAACCUCCACCUGUGAGACAUAA